CUCCUUCAGAUUCUUUGCAUAGACAACUCCUGUCUAUACCCAUCAUUCUUCAAAGCAUUGUCACCUGCAGCCACGCGAGACCUUCUAAGGCAGAACCUUGAGGAUCUCCAAGCAUGUCUCGAACUUCUGUCCAGGUCCUUCCCGAAGCCCGCCAGCAGGCCCAAGAGACACAAAGCCUCACAUUUCUUCUUAUUGGCUAGCGUUGAGGAUCUAACCAAGGCAACAAUGAAGAAACAAAUUCAGGGAACGUCUGAGCACAACAAAGCCAUGUCGGCUGCCAAGACAGACGAGGAGAAGUCAAGCGUGAAAACAAAGAAGCAAAAUGCAACAACUGGACUUAGGACUUGCAAUAACAUAUUGGCAAUGACAAAUGUAUUGCAUGCAAAAGCGCCUUCGUUUAUAGGUGACAAGAGUGUUAGUCUUUCUUGGAAAGAAGCCACCAAGACGUUAGCCUCUACAACAACUGGGUUUUAUUUGGCUAACAACGACAGAGUAAAACGGCCUGCAACUGGAGCGGGUAAUAACGUGGGCGCAAAGAAGGGACGUGUGCCGAGUCAUCAGGUUGUUAAGAAAGCAUUUGAAGGAGUCUCAUACGGUGGUGGUAGAGGCAGUCAAAGAGGCCAUGGCCGAGGACAGGGAAAACGCGGUGGUGGUGGUGGUGGCCGUAGCCGUGGAAGAGGCUACUGUUAAUUUUCUUUCAAUGGAUAAAUACUCUAUGACACCCUCCCUUGAGUAUUUCUGUCUCUGUUUUGUCUAUACUAAUUUUGGCUUUUUAGAGCCUCCUUAGUCCUCUGACACUAGACGAACGAAUUAACCUUCUUUGGCUUUUACUAUUCAUGAGAAAGCAGGAUCCAAUCAGAACCAAAAGAGGUCGUUUUUUGAACAUCUCUUGAACUAUUUUUUGGGUAAAAUGUUUUCUUUUCCAUUGUA